GGAUAACUCGACAUAACCGACUUCUCACAUCAAGCCCAUUCGAAGACGUCCUAUAGAAACCUAAAUAUUACCAUAACGAUGACUCGAGUACUUCUCACCGGAGGAAGCGGCUUCAUUGCGGCUCACACUUUGGACAUUCUCCUCGAACACGGCCACUCGGUUGUCACCACUGUCCGAACACAGGAGAAGGCAGACAAGAUCAAGGCGUCCUACCAGAAAUAUGUCGAAAAAGGCCAGCUAGGCUUCGCUAUUGUGCCAGACAUCGCUCAGCCAGACGCAUUUGAGAAGGCGGUAGUGUCUGACCCACCUUUCGAAGCUGUUUUGCACACUGCGAGCCCGUUCCAUUUCAACGUCACGGAUGUCAAGAAGGACCUGCUAGACCCCGCCAUCAUCGGAACCACUGGAGUUCUAAAGUCCAUCAAGAAGAGCGCGCCGUCUGUCAAGCAUGUUGUCAUCACUUCGUCUUUCGCAUCCAUCGUCAAUGGAGACAAGGGCUUCUGGCCAGGCCACGAGUACUCAGAGGCGGAUUGGAACCCCAUCACUCCAGAAGAGGCGACCGAGAAUCCGAUGAUGGGCUACCGAGCCAGCAAGACCUUUGCUGAGAAGGCUGCGUGGGAUUUUGUCGAGAAGGAGAAGCCAAACUUCACCCUUGCCACCAUCAACCCUCCCAUGGUCUUUGGUCCUAUUGUCCACGCCCUUGACAGCCUCGACAACAUGAACACCUCGAACCAGCGCAUCCUAUACGCAGCACAAGGCAAAUUCAAGGACGAGAUACCUGCCAGCGGAGUACACCUAUGGGUGGACGUACGCGAUGUGGCAGAGGCGCAUGUUGCAGCUUUCGAGAAGCCUGACGCUGCCAACAAGCGCUUCUUUGUAACUGCCGGCUACUUCUCGAACAAGGAAAUGUGCCAGAUCAUCAAGAAAAACUUCCCAGAGUUCAAGGACUUGCCAAGCGACUCAACGCCCGGCGGAGACUACCCCGAAGGCACGCCCGAGAAGGGAUUGUACAAGUACAACAACAAGCGGUCGAUCGAUAUACUGGGUCUCAAGUACAAGACGUUUGAACAGUCGAUCGUCGACACAGUCAAGUCGUUCCAGAAGAAGGGCUUGUAG